AUGAGAGGUAGAAAGCCAAGGUGGUACAACUUGGUGAAGCCAAAAAUUCGCCAGUCAUGGAAUAAGUACAACCUUUACAACCUCGCCACAUUGAAGUUGAAUCGAAACCGUAUCUCGAGAACCUUCUUCCAGCAGAAAUGGACCGCCAAGUCAAUGACCCGUGCCUACCACGGCGCCCAUGUCAAGGAGGCGGAAUGGUCGCGCAACUUCUCCCGCCGCCUCUUCUCCGCCGUCGAUAUGCCGCCUGAGUAUCUCGCCAAGUACGACGGAUCAGAGCACUCGGCCGGCCGCGGUUCCGGCCUGCACGCCGAGCCGGGAUCAGAGGACCGCACGCCCACCGCAUAUCAAUUCUCCAAGCUCGAAUCAGCCAGAGAAGAUCGUUCCAGAGACGAGCGCAUGAGAAGGGUGGAACCACAGACCGCGAUGCUUGCCCGUCCCGUCCAGCAAAUGACGCCCUACAUGCAGAUGGCGUUCGCCCCCCUCGAGAGGAGGCUGGACAUCGCCAUCUUCCGCGCCAUGUUCGCCAGCAGUACGCUCCAGGCGAAACAGUUUUGUACACACGGCGCCGUCAAGGUCAACGGCAAAGUUAUGCGCUACGGUGCCUACAAGCUCAACCCCGGCGAUAUGUUCCAGGUUGAUGUCGAUAAUGUCCUCUUCGCAACCGGCCGGGCCAAGACUCCCAAGCACGCACUGUGGCUCGCCGGUAAAGACUAUGAAUCCCUGAACUCCGGCGACAAGGGCAACAAAGAGGCGAUUGAGGAGGGCGCCUCAAAACAGGGAUCCGGCGACGCAGCACUCGAGGCUCCCGAAGCCGAAGCCGCCGUCGAAGAAACCGAUGCUGCCGCAGAGAGCGGCGAGGCCGCCGCCGAAGCAGCAGAAGCAUCGGCCGACGGGCAGGAGGGAAGCCAGCUCUCCGAGGCAGACAAGUCUGCCCAGCUCCACAAGCAGCUAAAGUCCCUCGUCCGCUCCGUCAAAACCCUCAUCAACGACGGAACCAACGGCUUCACACCUAGCAAGAAGCGCCAGCUCCGCGCCUUCAUGGCUGAGGCCAAGCGUGCCAUUUCCACAUCGGGCCGCGUCACCGACUCCGCCUCGCUCGACCACGUCGGCGUAAUGGACAACCUCACCGCCCUCCUCAAGGACUUCAAGCUUGAGGGCAACAAGGUCGAGGCCGUCGCCUCCCCCGAGGCAGAGGUCAAGGACGACCAUUCCAAGCCGACGAGCGCCAAAGAAAAGGCAGAGACUGAGGCCGUCAAGGACCUCAUCACCUCAAAGGACGUCCGCAACGCGCUCAGUGGCCUCAACAAGGCCGAACAGGCCGCCUUUGCCGACCUUCUCCGCCAGAACGCUGAGAACCCCAUCGACGAGUCCAAGCCCUAUUGGACUCCCUGGCAGCCGCGCCGUUACAUGGCGCCCUUUGCCUUCAUCCCACGCUACCUCGAGGUGAACCAAAACAUCUGCGCCGCCGUCUACCUCCGCCACCCCGUCGCGAGGCGCGGUGUGGCCGAGGUGCCCACUCCCUUCACCUACGAGACGAACCAGUUGGCCUUCAACUGGUACCUGAGGAGGGGUUAA